AUGGCCACGCUGGUUUGCAGGGUGCAGUUCUUAGAUGACACCGACCCCUUCAAUAGCACCAACUUCCCCGAGCCCACCCGGCCCCCACUCUACACCUUCAGGGAGGACAUCGCGCUCGUCACCCAGCUGGCCGGGGUGCACCGCCUGCUCAGAGCCCCGCAUAAGCUUGAUGACUGUACACUGCAACUGUCCCAUAAUGGUACCUAUCUGGAUUUAGAAUCCACCUUAGCGGAGCAAAGGGAUGAAUUGGAAGGUUUCCAGGAAGAUGCUGGGAGGGGCAAGAAGCACAGUAUAAUUCUGAGGACGCAGCUCUCAGUGAGAGUCCACGUCUGCAUUGAAAAACUCUACAACUCCAGUGGACGGGAGCUGAGACGGGCCCUUUUCUCUUUGAAACAAAUAUUUCAGGAUGACAAGGAUUUGGUUCAUGAGUUUGUUGUGGCUGAAGGCCUGACUUGCUUGAUAAAAGUGGGAGCUGAGGCAGACCAGAACUAUCAGAACUACAUCUUAAGAGCUUUGGGCCAGAUUAUGCUGUAUGUAGAUGGGAUGAAUGGAGUAAUAAAUCAUAAUGAAACCAUCCAAUGGCUGUACACUCUCAUUGGGUCAAAGUUCCGUCUAGUAGUAAAGACAGCACUGAAACUGCAGCUGGUGUUUGUGGAGUAUACGGAAUCCAAUGCACCACUUUUAAUCCAGGCAGUAUCCACAGUAGAUGAGAAGAGAGGAGCCAAGCCAUGGUCCAACAUUAUGGAGAUCCUGGAGGAAAAGGACGGGGUUGACACUGAACUGCUGGUUUAUGCAAUGACCUUAGUUAACAAGACGCUGUCGGGGUUGCCAGAUCAGGACUCUUUCUAUGACGUGGUGGACUGUCUGGAAGAGCUAGGCAUCGAAGCUAUUUCACAGAGACACUUGAACAAGAAAGGAACAGACUUGGACUUAGUUGAGCAAUUUAACAUUUAUGAGAUGACACUGAGACAUGAGGAUGGAGACGAGACUGCUGAUCCCCCACCCAAUGGGCGCAAAGACAGAAGAAGGGCCAGUCUUGGCUCCAGUGAACGAAGGGGAUUAGAGCGCAGGAGAAGCCGCAGACAUUCAGCCCAGAGCAUCAAAAGCACUUUAUCAGCUCCUGCAAGUCCCUGCAGUCAGUCGAGUCCAAGCUUCAUGUUAGGCCAUGGGCAGCGUAUUGAAGAUCUUAGUGAGAAAAACAGUAGCUAUGGCAACAACUCUUAUUCCUCUACAAGACCUUAUUCUGGAAUCAGUGCACCUACCACACCCAUUUCUCGUUAUGGGACAACUCUGUCACCACCUCAGGAGACCAAAUCUGAAAGGCCAGCAUUGGGUGGUCUCCUUACAUCAUCUUAUCGGCAGCACCAAGAAUCCUUGGCAGCGGAAAGAGAGAGGCGACGUCAGGAGAGAGAAGAGAGAUUGCAAAGGAUAGAGCGGGAAGAGAGAAACAAAUUCAACCGUGAUUAUUUAGACAAAAGAGAGGAACUAAGGCAAGCAAGAGAAGAGAGAUACAAAUACUUGGAGAAGUUGGCAGCUGAGGAGUAUGAGAAGGAGCUGAAAAGUCGGAGUAUAUGCCGAGGCAGAAGUGAGCUGUCCUUGAACUUGAGCUCUCCUUCGGCCCCAUCCUCUCCCAUUCCCAAGUGCAUCAGCCCAGCAUCCGUCGAGUCCCAGGAGGAGCUGAAGACCCCUUCAACACCCCGUGGGACACCUCAGCCCCCUGAAGGUGAUGAACCUGAACCAGAACCUGAGCCAGAGACAGAACCAGAACAGGAAACUGAGGCAGAGGCCGAGCAGGGAACGGAGACACCACAGGAAGUAGAGGCUACGGAGGUGGGACCAGAGAGUGAGGUGGAGCAAGGUCCUGAGCGAGAGCCAGAAGAAAGUGCAAUACUCAGUGAAAAAGAGAGGCAGAAUGAGGAAGUGAAUGAAAAAGACAACUGCUCUGCAUCCAGCAUAUCCUCAGCAAGCAGCACUUUAGAGAGGGAAGAAAGAGAGGACAAGUUAACCAGUGACAAUGAAACUGGUACGUGGUCACAAACUAUUCAAGAUGCUGGUGUGAAUGAGCAGUGCAGCAACAUUCUCAACAACAAACGGUUCAUGCUGGAUAUGUUGUAUGCCCAUAACAAGAAGCCCAAGGAUGAAGAGGAGAAAGAUCUGGAGGAGAAGGAGGAGGAAAAGAAGGAGACGGAGGAAAGUGAUGAGUCAAUCACCAGCCUAGCCAGUAGGAUCUCAGUCCUGCAGGCCAGCAAGCAGGCCAAAGAUGAAAGUGUCAAAAAGAUGGAGAUUGGAAAUCUGGACAACCAAGGCAGCGUGAAAGCCUUUGCAGAAAAAUUCAACAGUGUUGAGCUGGCCAAGGGGACAGUAUUGCCUGAGGGUGAGCUCGAUGAAAAGGUCCCUGAGAAAACACCGGCACAGCCCAAGACGGAAUCUGAUUACAUUUGGGAUCAGCUCAUGGCUAAUCCUAGAGAACUUAAAAUCAAAGACAUGGAUUUUACAGACUUGGGGGAUGAGGAUGAUGUAGAUGUGUUGGACAUUGAUAUGGGUCCUGGGGACUCCCUAAUUCCCCCUCCCCCACCUCCACCUUCCUUUUUGGGUUUGCCUCCUCCACCACCUCCCCCUCUGUUUGGAUGUCCACCUCCACCCUCUGGUAAUUUAUUGGCUCCUCCUCCACUGUUCAGCACUCCUCAGGGUUCAGGGUCACCCCAGGUUUCUAGGGGUCAGCCAGCAUUCAUGAAGAAGAAGAAAACCAUCCGUCUGUUUUGGAACGAGGUACGGCCAUUUGAGUGGCAGUGUAAAAAUAACAAACGCUGUAAAGAAUUCCUGUGGUCGAAACUGGAACCCAUUAAGGUGGACACUUCCAAACUGGAGCACCUCUUUGAGUCUAAAUCCAAGGAACUGCCAGUCACAAAGAAAACUGCUGCAGAUGGAAAGAGACAAGAGAUCAUUGUGUUGGACUCAAAACGAAGCAAUGCUAUUAAUAUUGGAUUGACAGUGUUACCCCCGCCAAGGACCAUCAAGACUGCUAUUUUGAACUUUGAUGAAUAUGCCUUAAACAAGGAGGGAAUAGAGAAAAUUUUAACUAUGAUUCCUACGGAGGAAGAAAAACAGAAGAUCCAGGAGGCCCAGAUGGCAAACCCUGACAUCCCACUGGGCAGUGCAGAGCAGUUCCUUCUCACACUCUCCUCGAUUAGUGAGCUCUCUGCUAGACUCCAGCUUUGGGCUUUCAAAAUGGAUUAUGAGCUAGUGGAAAAGGAAGUUGCAGAACCACUGUUAGACCUGAAGGAAGGAAUGGACCAGUUGGAGCAUAAUAAAACCUUGGGAUUUAUCCUUUCUACUUUACUAGCCAUUGGGAACUUUCUAAAUGGAACCAAUGCCAAAGCUUUUGAGUUAAGCUACCUCGAGAAGGUUCCGGAAGUCAAGGACACAGUGCAUAAGCAGUCUCUCCUGCACCAUGUCUGCACUAUGGUGGUGGAAAAAUUCCCAGACAGCACAGAUCUUUAUUCAGAAAUUGGGGCUAUCACUAGGUCAGCCAAGGUUGACUUUGAACAACUUCAGGACAACUUAUGUCAGAUGGAGAAAAGGUGCAAAGCAUCAUGGGAUCACCUUAAGGCUAUAGCAAAGCAUGAAAUGAAGCCAACGCUGAAGCAAAAAAUGUCUGAGUUCCUUAAAGACUGUGCAGAGAGAAUCAUAAUUCUGAAGAUUGUUCACAGAAGAAUAAUUAACAGGUUCCAUGCAUUUUUGUUAUUUAUGGGUCAUCCUCCUUACGCAAUCCGUGAAGUCAACAUCAAUAAGUUCUGCAAAAUUAUUAGUGAAUUUGCUUUAGAGUAUCGCACCACCAGGGAACGAGUUUUGCAGCAGAAGCAGAAACGCGCCAACCACAGGGAAAGAAACAAGACCAGGGGGAAAAUGAUCACAGAUUCUGGAAAGUUCUCCAGCAACUCCACCCCAUCUCAGAGCCAGCCACAGGGUUUGCAGUAUGCUGAAGAUGCAGCAGAGCACGAGAACAUGAAGGCUGUGCUGAAGACCUCCUCCGUCAGUGGGGAAAGCACCACUGCACUAGGUGUUCGCACUCGAAGCAGAGCCAGCAGAGGCCGUAUCGGUUCAUGGAAUGCUGCUGGUGAUGAUUCACCUAAUGCUACAGAUGAUGCAGCUGAUGAGAUCAUGGAUCGCAUUGUAAAGUCAGCCACCCAAGUGCCAAGUCAGAGAGCGGUGCCUAGAGAGAGGAAGCGGUCACGAGCCAACAGGAAGUCAUUAAGAAGAACACUAAAGAGUGGACUGACACCAGAAGAAGCCAAAGCACUGGGCCUCAUCAGCACCUCUGAGAUGCAGGUGUGA